CAAAAAGUUAUUUUACCUUAACCCCAGCCCAGUUACAAUUGGAAAACCCAAAGAGAGGGCCUAGCCACCAACGGAAGAGAUGACUGUCGACUAUAUCGGAAGCCAACACAGGCAACACUUUCCCGGUUUCGUUUCCUAUUCCAAUUUCAAGAAAUCUAUAUUAGUCCCAAUUUCAAUCAAUCAAACCCUAACUUGGCUUAAAGGUCUCUUCUUUUUCCACGGACAUAGCUCAAGCUCUUCCCCUCCCACUUGGCCUUCAUCGAUUAGUCCCUUAUGCCGCAGUCAGCGUCCUUCUCCACAUCCACGCAUCAACACGGUCUCGCCUCGCCUGAACCGAACCAAUUAUGCUCUGCCCCAGCCGAAGAGGAGAAUAUGGGGAAUUUGAAGAAGCAAUUAGCCAAAUUGAUUGCUGUUUCACUUAGAACAACACUGCCUACUCAAUUCGAUAUUGACCCGCUCGUUGCUUCCUGCAGAACAAAAUUUGGUGAUUACCAAUGUAACAAUGCCAUGGGUCUUUUCUCUAAAUUGAGAGGAACAAAUAGCAAUUAUCAAAAUCCUGUAGCUGUUGGACAGGCUAUCAUGAGAAAUCUUCCGUUCUCUAAAAUGAUAGAGUCCUCUUCGGUGGCAGGACCUGGAUUCGUGAACAUUGUUUUAUCUAACAAGUGGAUGGCUGAGAACAUUCAAAAAAUGCUUGUCAAUGGUAUUGAAACUUGGGCACCUAAGCUUUCAAUCAAAAGGGCUGUGGUUGACUUCUCAUCUCCCAAUAUUGCAAAAGAAUUGCAUGUUGGCCAUUUAAGAUCUACCAUUAUCGGUGACUCGCUAGCUCGCAUGCUUGAGUUUUCAAAUGUUGAAGUUCUUCGACGAAAUCAUGUUGGUGACUGGGGGACGCAGUUUGGUAUGUUAAUUGAAUUUCUCUUUGAAAGGUAUCCAAACUUUGAAGAUGUCAAUGAAUGCGCCAUUGAUAAUCUACAGGCAUUUUAUAAGGCAUCAAAACAGAGGUUUGACAUUGAUUUUGAAUUCAAGGAGAGAGCACAGAAAGCAGUGGUCCGCCUCCAGGGUGGAGAACCCAAGUACCGCCAAGCUUGGGCACAAAUAUGUGAUAUCAGCAGGAGGGAGUUUGAUAUGGUCUAUCAACGCCUUAGGGUUCAGCUAGAGGAAAAGGGAGAAAGCUUUUACAAUCCAUACAUUCCUGGGGUUAUAGAGGCACUAACCCAGCAAGGAUUAGUUGAAGAAAGUGAAGGUGCUCGUGUGAUAUUUAUUGAAGGUUAUGAUAUACCUCUUAUUGCUGUGAAGAGUGAUGGUGGUUACAACUAUGCUUCUACUGAUCUGGCUGCUCUUUGGUAUCGCCUUAAUGAGGAGAAAGCCGAGUGGAUUAUUUAUGUUACUGAUGCUGGGCAGAACCAGCAUUUUGAAAUGGUUUUCAAAGCUGCCAAACGUGCAGGUUGGCUCCUAUCUGCUGAUAAUUUGUACCCAAAAGUUACUCAUGUCGGUUUUGGCGUUCUUAAAGGGGAAGAUGGAAAGCGCUUUAGAACUCGUUCCACUGAAGUGGUUCGAUUGGUCGAUCUCCUUGAUGAAGCCAAGAUGCGUAGUAAAACAGCACUAAUUGAGCGUGGUAAGGCUGAAGAGUGGACUGACGAUGAGCUAGAGCAAACAGCUGAGGCUGUUGGUUAUGGUGCUGUUAAGUAUGCUGACCUAAAGAACAACAGAAUGACUGAUUACAAAUUCAACUUUGAUCAGAUGCUUAAUGAUAAGGGCAAUACCGCUGUUUACUUGCUGUAUGCGCAUGCUCGUAUCUGUUCAAUCAUCAGAAAAUCUGGUAGAGACAUAGAGGAGUUGAAAAAUACGACUACACUAGUGUUGGAUCAUGCGGAUGAGCGUUCCUUGGGGCUUCAUUUACUACACUUUGCUGAGACUGUUGAAGAGGCCUGCAUCAACUUGUUGCCGAGUGUUUUAUGCGAAUACCUCUACAGUUUAUCUGAAUACUUCACUAAAUUUUACUCUAAUUGCCAGGUUGUUGGAUCAGGAGAGGAAAGAAGCAGACUCUUGUUAUGUGAAGCAACAGCCUUGGUCAUGAGGAAAUGCUUUUUCCUUCUUGGAAUUGUACCUGUUUACCAGAUAUGACAUUGUUACAAAAUAAUUUAUAAUUGUUAUGCGACUCGAUUAGUGAUUUUUUGUUUGGCACCUUUGAGAAUUGUAUAUAAAUUAAAAUUAGUCUUGUUUUUUCUUU